ACUACAGCUAAAACGCACACGAAGAAGUCGACGUUGGCGUUCUCUGCAGCAUCCUGUAAAGUUAGCAGUUGAGCCUUUUGGCUUACUUUCACUUUUAAUCAGUGUCUUUUUAAUGAGAAAAAAGUGGUCAAAAAUGUACAUGUAACUUAUAUUCAUCCAGCGAAAACAUCAAGUCGACGUGGAAAAAAAGGGGCCCGACGCUAACAGUUAGUUUGUUAGCUAGCUAGCAGUUAUUAGACGGUUAAUUAACCGUUAGCUCAUCAACCGUUACCCGUCGAGAAUGAAUUACUCCACAACGUUAAAGUCGAAACUGCCCGAUUUAAGUGCUGUGAACAUGGAAAACCCCCCCAAAAGAGGCCCAUGUAGGUGAGGUGAAGAUGGAUGAGUGGCACCUGGUGGUGUAGGAGAGGGACAAGUGUUUUUUUUGUUUUUUGUUUUUUUUAAAUGAAAAUGGAAAGGAACUGAUGGUUUUACAGUGUGCAGCAGAGAACUACAACCCGAGUUAGGGAAGAUCACGAUGUGAAAACGAAACGAGCAAGACACAAUGGACUUCCCCACAGUGACGCCUCCAUCAGCCUCUGCAGAGUGCAAAGGUGGCAAUUCUGCAACCUUUUGCAAUUCAUGGCCUACUUCAGCAGCACCGUAUCCUCAGGUGAACAGUACAGGUUCACAUGCCACAGCUGUUGAGGCUACAAUCAUCAAAUGGGAGAUGUGAUGGAAGAGGGUUGCAAAAUCUCACAGUAACAACAGCAUCAAGCAGCAGUGUGGAUGUGGUGGGAAGGUACCUCAGACGCAACGCAAAGGGUCUGAAACCACAUCCUUAGUCACGCCACUGAUGAUGACGCCUUCGUUCUGACAAACCCGAGCAUGUUCCACCAGACAUUCUCACAAAGGCGUCAGUGCAUCGGGGACUCUGUAAGCUUGUUGACUCCAGUGGCAGAAUUUUACAUUUGAAUAAAGUUUCAGCUGCUGGGUUUCCUCCUGUCCAACCAGCGGCUGAUAACAGUGGGUUGUCCCCAUGGCUCUUACACCUGUGUUCUUAUUGUUGCUGUGGGACCUCACUUUGUUCAUUCAUGGCGUCACACCUUUCUGCGAUGUCACCUGCUCGACGGACUAUGAAGCUUCACUGAACUGUUCCUGCACAGGCCCUCUGCCAACAUAUCCUGUCCUCAUCGACGUCAAGUGCAGGGGUGAAGAUCUCCUUGAGGUCGAUGGCUCAUGUGAAGUCAAACCACCUCAAUCUUGGUGUGUUAUGUCGCCAGAAAUGUUCGAUGAUGUUGUAUCCAUUGGAACAGUUUGUACCUCAACAGUCAUUCAACAUGGUGACUCGGUAAUAAUGAACGCCACUGAGUCAUCCUCAUGGGCCCUGAGUAAUGUGGUGAAACUGCCACCUCCUUUUGAUGUUGAAGUUACGAAGACUGAGGGAUCCUACAACUUCUCUUGGGACCACGACAAUAAAGAAGAUUGUCUCCAGUACAUAGUGCGCAUAAGAGAAAGCAAUGACUUGUCAAAGGAUCCAGUUUAUUCCCUUUUUGCCGAAGAAAAGCACAUUCUGUUAAAGCAUGAGAAGUUUUCGCAACAUUCCAGCUACACUGUGGAUGUCCAGACCCGAUACUGUCCUGGGGUUCUCUAUGAGGGUCCAUGGAGUGAGUGGAGCUCCACUGCAGAACUGACUACAGAGAUGGAUUAUUUAUUCAUAUACAUCUCCCUUGUCAUCAUUCUUGGCCUUGGCCUCCUGUUGAUACCGUGGUUUAAAAGAAGGUAUUUGUGGAAUAAAUUCCAAGUGAUUACAUACAUCCCCAAGCCACAUAGGUUUUUCAAGCCCCUCUACAACAACUAUGAAGGGAACUUCAAGGAGUGGGUGAAGCCUAUAUUCAGCGAAAGCGAUUACAGGCCCAGCUCACCGGUUCAGAUGAAAAGUGAGAAGCAGCCCGACUUCCUCCCAUGGAACUCUGAGAAACCAACCAACAAGGAGGACAUUGAGACGAGACAAGGUGGUCAUUUCCUCUACGUGCUGCCACCUCACAGCAACUCACUGCUGUUCUUCCACGACAGCUGCAGUUCACAGGGCACCGGUCUCUCCACCGGACACAUCUCCAUUGAUACUGUGACCCUGUCUGUAGAAGACGACACAGAACAUGCUGGCUUUGAUUUCGAGGAAGAUCAGAUGGCCAGAGGGCUUUUACCACAUCAUGAGAACCAAAUAUCUAAUGAACUGAACUUUCAGCCACAUGUCCAUCUCAAUGAAGCAGAGAGGGUGUCGCUUGACUCGUUCGCCUCAAACGAGCCGUCAGAGGACGGCUACCCUCACGUGGACUUGGACACCAUUGACAGUGGUUUUGGGGAGUGCAGCAGCCCGGGAGCCUCAGACUCAAACAGCACAGAGCAGAUAGACUCUGAUUCAUUUCCUGAGCACAAAAGCAGCUCAAAUUCUAACUAUGUCAAGCAGUGGAUGGUAUGUAGCACUAUUCAAGAAGACUCCGGCAAUACAGGGAAUGAACUCCAAGAAAUACAGUGAUUAGCAUUGCUGAUUUACUGAGGCAAUUGGAACUAGUAGUGCUGUUUAAAAACUACUUAAAAGAUUUCCUGAUAUUUCCAGAAAAUACACUUGAACUUCAAGUAAACUGGAAGUAUUUGUUUUAGUUUGUGCACUUUGUAUUUUGUAUAUAAUAAGAUUCCUUUGAUGUUAUGUUGUUUGUUAUUUUGUUACUUGAUUUUAACAGACAGUUAAAAGACACAGUAGAGAUUAGAUUAAAGAGAGAGAGAGGGACAUGAUGUGUUAAUUUAUCGCCUAAAGGGGCAAUUUGUGAAAUAUGGACAGAUUUGUAAAAGAUCCAAAAAGUAAAGCAACAUUGUCAACAGAGUGUGAAGACACUGCAGUGUUGACACUAUGUCAAAGACAUCUAUGUAUUGUUUGGCAGAGAUGUCUUGUUGAGUUUGCUACUUACACUGUAGUCUAAUAAGUAAACAAAAUAAAAUCACAAAAGGUCAAGAAAGGAAAUAUAACUAUACCGAUUUUCCAUACUUAACAGAAUACUAGAGACCGUACACUGAACUAAGACAGGCUUAAUUGCCAGGGUAACUCAUCGUCUGACACAUUUAAUUCAGCUUGAUAUAAAUGGAAAAAAUUAACCUAAACAGUUUUGGUUUGUCUUUCCACAAUCAAAUCUGGUUUGGUCAAAAUAAAUCUUCCAUUCACUGAAUAAGAUGUGAAAACAUUCCUGCUGUAGAAGACAUUUUUCGCCUGUUGUUGACCUCUGGCUCUUCCUCAGCUCUCUGCUGCUUCACGAUUCUCCUUCUUGCCUACCCUGCCUUCUUCUCUGCAGACUCAUAGUCAGCAGUCACUGCUCCACUGUCUUUAGCAGCUCCAGCUGCGUUUACUGGGAGGCUGCUCAACUUAUUUGACCACACUGACUCCUGACUCGCCUGUCAUCUGAGGAUGCUGUCCGCCAGACGCCAGUCAGCUAACAGGGCCACUUAGCUCCACGGCUAACAGAGCUAAUAUCUACCAACAGAUAGUUGCUACACCCACAGACGGGUACAGCAGAGUGCAUAAUGGACUCCCUUCAGCUUCUCACCAUUUCUUGCAAAUUACAUCUUUGAGGACAGAAAGUGAUGAAACUUCACAUGUCGUGAUCUUUUAAUUAUUUAACUUUUUGAUUUUUUAAAUGUAUUAAUUUAUUAAUUGAUGAUUAACAGUAUAAAGUCUACCAUUUUCUAAGGGGAAACUUUUGGCUCCAACAUGUGAUCAGAUGUUGCAUAUUGCUUUGAUUUGUACUGCUGGAUGAUGUUUUCGUCUAUUUUGUCACUGUACAUACAGCUUCAGAUUGUCAUGGUCAUGCAUGCUUCAUUGGCUGCAGCACUACAGCACCAGCAAGCAAGAUGCCUUAUCAAGAUGUCUGAUAAUGUCUGUUUUUUUGUUGCACAUGCAUUUUGUAAGUAACCACUGCAACCAUAUGUCCUGUUUUUGUGCAAAGUCAGUAAAAAGUGCAAACUUGGAACAAAUGUUUAUCUUCUGUACAUACAAGAAAAUUAUUACCA